UAUAUCCAGAACAGCAGUGUUCUAAAGUAUUCCGCAAUGAGUUUUUCAAGUGUCCAACACCAAUUAUUUCAUUCAGCACCAUGUUGUAUCAUGGGCCUAAUUCCUUGACCCCAGAACUAUUCCACUGGCUCUAAUAAAAUUUCAGUUGGUAUGAAUAAUUUUCAUACCAACUGUAAAUUCUGGCUUACGAAUUUUCACCGCUGUACAUGAGGUAAUUUUCUGUACUUUGUUUUCUCUUGCAGGCAUGGUUGGAAGCCCCUCUGUUGUGAAUGAUGGAUUCAGCUACAGUACAUAGACACUGGAUAUCCAUGUAACAGCUGCAACCUGGUUAAGAGAUGUAUGUUUCUCACAAACUCAAGGCCUUCUGCUCUAUUCCUACACCACCUAAUAUGGUUUUCUAUGUAGUUCUGGUCAAUGACAGCAACAGUAACUCCGGUCACUCUGUAAGUUCAACACAUGUUGUGCAACCGCAGGCUUGUCACUUCACCAACCUCCUUGUGUUGUUUGAGACUGGUCGGUCGCCUGGAAUUUGUCAGCAUGGAUAUAUACAGUUUUACAGACUUGAUUUUAAGGCACAUGGUCUU